UGGCGCAGUCAUUUGUAUUUUAUUUUUUUCGCCCUAACCUGCGGAGGGAAUAAACAACCCGGUUGACGGGCUCCUAAAUGUCGGCGUCUCCCGCAUUGACAAGCGGAUGAGUUUACGUUGAGGUUUGGACCAAAGGGACGACUCAUGCAUGUGGCGCUGCCCGGCUAGGAAGUGGCUUCGCAUCGGGAGAAAUUUAAAUACGAUAAAAUAUAAUCAUCUACAUGUCAAGCCUUGAAUCUGCACAACAGGCGCUUAACAUCAUGAUGAUGGUGGACGAGUGAGGAUCGAUCCCAGUGUGGUCCUCUCUGUGCAACACACAUAUACACACACACACACACACACACACACUUCCUCCAUGGAUUCAAGCAAUGAUGACACCCUGGAUAUCAUUGUCACCAAUGUGGUGGCGACAUUCAGGACCAGGUGCCACCUAAACCUGCGCACCAUCGCCCUGGAGGGAACCAACGUCAUCUACAAGCCGGAGGUGGGGAAAGUCCUCAUGAAGCUUCGUAAGCCCAAGAUAACUGCUUCCAUCUGGUCCUCAGGAAAAAUUAUCUGCACCGGAGCUACAAGCGAGGACGAAGCGAAGCAGGGUGCUCGCAGGUUGGCACGCUGUCUGCAGAAAAUCGGCUUCAAGGUGAGGUUUUCAGCCUUCAAGGUGGUGAACGUGCUGGCUGUGUGCUCCAUGCCCUUUGCCAUCCACCUGGUGGACUUCACCAAGAAGAACCGGCCCAUUGCCAGUUACGAGCCGGAGCUCCACCCCGCGGCCACCUACAGGAUCAAAACCAUCAAGGCCACCAUCCAGGUUUUCUCCACGGGCAGCCUCACAGUGACAGGACCAAACGUACAGAACGUGGCCACGGCUGUGGAGCAGGUGUACCCGCUACUCUUUGAGUGCAAGAAGCCGCUCUGCAAGUGAGGAACACUUGAAAUUCAGCAUGGUUCUGCAUAGACAGACGUAAACUGACACAAACACGAACCGGUUGUUGUGGACUCGCUGCUGUUUUAGAAAAAAAAAAGUUCAAACUCGUCUCAUCCCAUCAGAACAAGCAACCAGAAUACCGACAAUGGCACUGAAGCUCAUUUUCUCCGUCCACGGAUAAAUACAAACCUCUUCAUUUCUCAUGUUCAGCUAUUCACUUGACAGGCAUUACAUACACUAAAUUGCUAAUUUCUUGUAAAUUUCUACACUCGCUGUAAAUUGUAAAUAUUUCAUUUAUUAUUAUAUUUUUUUUUAUUCCAGCAUUGGCCCUGUGUGUGUGUGUAUAGGACAAAAUCUUUAGGAUGUCUUAGUGUAGGUUGAGAUGGUUUUAACUGCGGCAAACUUCAAAUAUGAGCUCUGUUUUGGUUAAGUGGUGCUGAUGUGACGGGUAAGACAUUCUUAAUAUUUAUGCUCAUGCGAAUACCCCAACUCACUCUGGUUUUACCCAUAUUACUCUUAAUUCCAGUCAACGUCGUACAAUCCUUUUAAACAGGAUCCGAGCUCAGAGCUGUCGAGUGUGACACUCUGGUUGUGUCGGCUCUGCGAUGUUUUUCCACCACUGAAAGAUGUGACUCUUUUGUAAUUUAUAUAAAA